AUGUUUCAUACUCCUCCUACAAGGGAUACCUGGCAACCCGACACGUCAAUAAAGUUUUCUUACGACAAUGAAUCUCUUGACCAAACAACUGCAGAGAUCGUCAAGUCUCCUGCUAUCGGAUCAGACCGUCGGGAUAGUGAGGAGAGUCUGAUAGAAUCAAUUCACACAGCCACUAAAGACGAGUUACCUGCACAAUUACUCAAAUAUCUUCAAGAAUUUAUAAGGUUCCUAAGAGAGCCUCAGUAUUCGAAACCACUGGCUACUUUUGAAAUCGCAGACCUGUUCCAGAAGUUUUAUGCCGACUUCCAUACAAAGAGCACAGAGCUCUUACAGAGCGAACGUAAAGUCGAGCUGAAAGAUUUAAACAGACCCCUGAACUAUUCAUCUUCGAAGUACAAUCUGAUUGUGGAGAGACAGCUUUGCGAGAAGUUUUACACGUCACUGAUGUUCCCCAGAAAGGGCGUUUCUCUAGACGAGUUCGAAAAGAAACUGAACGCAGAUUUUGGCGUCAAGCUCUCAUAUUUGAACAGAAUAGAUAUAACUUUCCAGACAUUGGACUUGCAACUGGAGCUGGAAGAGUUGGCAUUUCAGAACAAGCUCCGCGAACUGAUCCUGCCCGAGUUUGAGAUUUUCAGUGCAGAACGGUCGCCAACUUUGAAACUGAAGCACUUAUCUAAAAUCCACAGACUGCUUGACACGUUGCUCAAAGACAUGAGCAAAGACACAUUACACGAACUGAACACCGAUAUUUAUUUGCCGAUCCUGAUCUACACCAUCAUCAAGAUCGAAGACCUACAGACACAUUCCCUGAUCUCGCAGUUUGAGUUCAUCAAAAGAUUUAGAAACGAUUUUGUCUAUGACGGCUUAGACGACGAAAAGGGACAUUUGCUCUAUGUUUUCACCAACUUCGAGGCCAGCAUUUCCUAUCUAGCAAGUGUGACGUUGGAGAAUCUCAACCUACAGGUUAACCAGGAGGAAUUGGUUCGUCCUGGCGAUGAUGCUGACCAGAUUGCUACUCUUUUAUCUCAACCUUUAGUCCUGGAGUCUGUUGAUGAACAGGUGAAGAAAGUCCAAUCCGAGUCGAUGUCUGCACGGCAUCUUUCGUCGUCAUCUUUGCUGGACUCGUCUAGAUUCUCUCUGUUGACGCCAGCAGAGUUUCUACCUCUGUAUCAUGCCGAUCAGGGAAUCAGGAACAUCAGCAACGCUGUUGAUUCCAGCAUCAAGAGCAUUAUCGGCCGCGUUUCGUGGUUCAAUCCGGCUGUAGAUCCAGUUUUGGAGUCUACCAGACAACAGAUGGAGGAGAACCUAGCUAUACAAACCAGUGUGACUUUGAACAAGCCCGAAGAAACGAAAAUCACUCCAACCUCGUCGAUAUCUACAAACGAUUCUCGAAGCCAGCCGCAAACAGGAUCCGACCUGACACUACAGCUCCCGGCCACACAAACAGGCAGCAGCGAUGGGAUCACAUCGACGAUGACGUCCACUACUCUUGUGAGAACCAAGUCGCAGGACUCUUACGCGUCGUCUCCAAAUGCUCAGGACAAGUUUUUCAACAAGUUCACGAGCAGCAUGGGUGGUGUGAUGAAGAAUCUACGGCCGCUGAGCACGUCAUCGUCAAGCUCGUCGCUGAACGUGAACAUCGAGCCGAACGGCAGUGUUGGCUCGCAAAGCAACCUGACACUGAGUCCGUCAAAUAGCUCGAACUGCACACAGGUUGGAGAUAAAAAUAGACCGCCUUUGAAUCGGAUGCGCAGUCGCACGGCGAGCCUUAUCAGCAGCAACAUAUUCAGCCCGGAGCACCAGCGGAUGAGCAAGGCUGCGCUGUUCAGCUCGAUUGAAAAUGCGUUCGAAAACGUAAAAAACAGAAGCCGAGGAAACUCUUUAGGCGAGCAGCAGCCGAGCCACCGGCCGGAGGAACCGGUCAAGGCAGCCGGUCUGGACGCGUCCAAACUGGACAAGUUUGGCGACAAGCCAUUCGAGCAGCUCACCAUGGCUGAACUAGCACAGAUCUACGACAACUACAAGUAUCUUUUGAGCAUGUUGAAUAAAUAG